UUCAUAUUUCCACCCCACUAAAUUCUCUCUCUCUCUCUCUCUUUCUCUAAAUUUUAGGGUUUCUCUACGAGGGUUCAGUUUUACAAGUGAAGCCUUUGUGAGUUCUUUCUGGUUUAGUACUUAUUGGGUGCUGUUUCAAAAUAAAGUUGGCUGCCCUAAGAAGCAGCAAAGCAAGGAUCUUGGAAAUUGACAGCUCUUCACAAUUUGGGGAAAAAAAGUUGGAAAAAAAUGGGUUCAUCAUCAAGAAGCAGCCCCCAUUACUACAGCCCAUGCGCAGCCUGCAAGUUCCUAAGGAGAAAAUGCUUACCAGAAUGCGAUUUUGCACCAUAUUUCCCACCAGAAGAGCCCCAAAAAUUCGCCAACGUCCACAAGGUGUUUGGAGCCAGCAACGUGGGGAAGCUGCUGAAGGAGGUUCCCCCUCACCAAAGGGCAGACGCCGUCGUUUCACUGGCGUAUGAAGCCGAGGCUAGAAUCAGAGAUCCUGUCUAUGGCUGCGUGGGCGCCAUCUCCUGCCUCCAAAAGCAACUCCACGGCCUCCAGAAGGAACUUGAUGCUGCAAAAGCUCGCCUUUUUCUCUACUCUUCCACUGCUGAUUUCUCUUCUCCACUCAUUUGGAACAACCAUAUUUCUUCUUCUUCUUCUUCUUCUUCUUCUGCUUCCAUGUAUUUCAACGCUGGAGGAAUUUGAAGGUUCCUUUCAUGUUAUGCUAAAAUGGGUUUGUAUUGUAUUGUGAUGAAAACUUGUGAUUUCAAUGUUGUGUCUCUGACCUCUAUAUGGUUUAAAGGCAGCUGGGUAAUGGGUUGUUAGGGUUUUGUUGUAUUGUAUAUCAUAUAAUAUAUAGUUGCCAAACUCUA